CCUCCGCGCAACGCAAGCAGCCGACGACGGUGACGCGAGCGAGCGCCCAGCCCCAAUCCCCAAAUCCUGCGGCGCGCUCCGACCGACGGCGAGACGCAAGCUCAAAUCCGACCCCCAUGGAGCUCACCAUCUAGGCGCGGCUCGGCCCGUCGCAUGGAUCCAGAUGUUCUCGUGGGGCCGUAGCAAGCAGUCCUCGCCCGCCUCCUCCUCCGGCCGCCGCGGCGGCGGGGACGCCCCCAUGGACUCCGGCGGCAGCAGCCGCCGCGGAAGCGGCAGCGGGAGCGGCAGCGGGAGCGGGAGCCGCGGACGGAGCCCGCGGCUGGAGCGCCGCAACGCCGCGAAGCACAUCGAGUACGAGGCGGGCGGCGCGGGGCCGACGUCCGUGUCGGCGUCCUGGUCCUCCUCCGCCUCGGCCUCGUCGGCCGAGCGCUCCCCGGGGGCCCGCCCCUCGCGCUCGCUCGACCUGGCGGCCAGGGGCGGCACGGACUUCCGAAUCAGCGGCAGCGGGGAGGGGGAGGUGGACGAGCUCUGCCGCAGCCUGGGGCUGUCGGGCCCGGAGGACUUCGCCAUCCCCGUCGCCGCAUGGGAGGCCCGCAAGGCGCGCUCCAGCAACGACCUCCUCUCCCGCGCCCGCGCUGACGCGUCCAAUCCCCCCUUGGCAGACCCCGCCCCCGUCGUCCGCACCACCUCCGCCCCCGAGGGCCCCUGGCCCGCGCCGCUCUCCUUCCCCGACCCCAUUCCCGAGGAAUCCAUCCACUCGUCCUCCACCUCCACCGCCACCGCCACCGGCUCGGUGGACGAGCUCACCCUUCCACCGCCAGCGGAAUCCCCCAAGCCCACCCCUACGGCUGCUCUUACGGCGCACGUCGCGGGCCUGUCCCUCCUCUCGCCGAGAAAGACGACCGGGGAGGUCGGGAUCCGGGGCGUCCGGCCGCCACUGCUCUCCCCGCCUCCACCGAUCACGGGGCUCGCACCGCCACCGGUGAGGCAGCCGUCUGUGGCUGCGAUCGUGAGCGGAUCGGCCUGGGACAUCGUCAACUCGUUUGCUCCAAGCGAAGGAAAUAACAGUGAACUACGAAUGUCUUAUCAACAUGUCGAGUCACCUCACGUGUCGGACACAGAGGCCGAUGAAGGAUUCACAGGCGCUGAUGGGGAGCAUAGAGAGUGGAGGGUAGGGGAGACAUUUGAAGGGUUCACUGGGACAUCCUCCUUGUCGACAACGAACGAUGAUGAUGCAUCGAGCACGAAUACGGAGCCCGUGUUCAACAUCUCGCCCAAUGGCAAGUUCAAGCGGAACAUCAAGUCAUGGAUGCGUGGUGCGCUUCUGGGGAGUGGCUCGUUCGGGACCGUGUACGAGGGGAUCAGUGAUGAAGGUGCGUUUUUUGCUGUUAAGGAAGUGUCUUUGCUUGACCAAGGAAGCAAUGCGCAGCAGUCUAUUCUAGCACUUGAACAGGAAAUCGCUCUGCUUAGUCAGUUUGAACAUGAAAAUAUAGUCCAGUAUUAUGGAACUGACAAGGAAGAAUCGAAACUCUACAUUUUUAUUGAGCUUGUUACACAAGGUUCUCUUUCAUCUCUCUAUCAGAAGUAUAAACUACGUGAUUCACAAGUCUCUGCAUACACAAGACAGAUUCUGAAUGGAUUAGUCUAUCUCCAUGACAGAAAUGUGGUCCACAGAGAUAUCAAAUGCGCCAAUAUAUUGGUUCAUGCAAAUGGAUCGGUAAAACUUGCGGAUUUUGGAUUGGCAAAGGAGAUGUCUAAAAUCAAUAUGCUGAGAUCAUGCAAAGGAAGUGUUUAUUGGAUGGCACCUGAGGUUGUAAAUCCGAGAAAAACAUAUGGGCCUGCAGCUGAUAUGUGGAGCCUUGGCUGCACUGUGUUAGAAAUGCUAACCCGCCAAAUACCUUAUCCUAAUGUGGAGUGGACAAAUGCUUUCUUUAUGAUUGGAAGAGGAGAACAGCCUCCCAUGCCCAGCUACUUGUCAAAAGAAGCUCAAGAUUUCAUCGGCCAGUGUGUAAGAGUUGAUCCAGAGGAGCGGCCUACCGCCUCAGAACUUUUGGCGCACCCAUUUGUUAACAGGCCACUGCGAGCUUCUUUUGAUUCUUUGUCUCCUCCGACCAAUAGGCAAUAUGGAGCUAGCCCUCGAGGAGGGCGCGCGCCAUCACUCAUCGCCAUGAGGAAGGCGCAGCAGCAGUACGGGCAGGAGAGUAAGGGGUCGCCGGCGCCGGGGGUGGUGGCGUCGCCCGCCUCCAGCUUCCGCCAGCUCGACGACGCCUUCCUGCAGAAACAAACAAAAAUCUGGCUUGGUGAAGUUCUCCAUCUUAGGUUUGAUGAAGACAUUUUGGUCGCUGACCUUCUUGGUGAUGGAGAGUUGCUAUUUCAAGUUUCGAAAUUAUUAUGGAAAAGGCUGCUGAGAAAGAACAAUGAACAGCUCAAACAAUCAAAAGUUUAUAUGUAUGAGAGAACAUCUUUUGGUAAAAGCAAUGGGAAAUAUAUGCCCUAUCCAAAGGUCGACUCGUUUCUAAAGAUAUGCCAGAUUCUUGGUUUAGCUGGGAUUGAUUUGUUUACACCUUCCGACGUGGUCGAUAAAAGAAAUGUACGGAAAGUCUGUAUGUGCAUACGUUCUCUAUCUAAAAAGGCUAGCAUGAUGCACCUUAAUGUGCCUGAUUUUGAUAUUGUAACUCGCACAAUAGCCAUGCCCAACUAUAUUGUUGGAGGCAUCCGCAAAAGUCUGGAGCAACCGCAGCGCAGUUCAUCCUGGUCGAGUGGACACAGUCCGCGUGCCAAUUCUGAAAGCAUAUUUGGAGAACAGAACGGGGACACACAGUACGACUCUGAUGAAGCAGAGAGCAAAAUCUUUCCGCUAGAACCUCAGAACUCUGUUGGCGAAGACAAUGCUGCUGAGCUUCUGCAAUUAGGAAAAGCCCACAAGGAAGCACGUGAAGGCUAUGGAGAUAACGGUCAUGACAUCCCUGAAGAGAAGUCGCUAGCUGAAUCAGUGGGAUCGCUUGACUUUGGCGGUAUGGACAUGGAUUCUGUGGAUUCAGCACCCUCUCAGAACGACCAACUGCGCCGUUGUUCUGCUGAAUCUUCAACAAACGGUCAUUUAGUGUUUGACAGUAGCAAGAUUGAUCUGGAUGCUCCUACGGCAGAAGUUUCUGAAAUGAUUCGUGAUGGACAUAUCGAACCUUCGCAUUAUUCUGUUGAGGGAAGUGGCGAAAGAUUCGCUGAUAAUCUGCAGAAAGAAGGUGACAACGACCUCCAGAAGGAUACUAGCACCACUGAUCAACAGUGUGAUGCUCCCGCCUGUGACAGGGAAUCCGUAUGUUCAAGCUGUGAAGAACCGAAACUGGGAUUAAACGGAGAGCCAACUGAGUCGAGGUUGAGUUCAGAGUCAGGUUUAACCCCAGGAGUUACUAUGGGUGGCCAAUUGCCAGCAGCUUCUGAAGAUGAUGCCGCGGGCCAAGGGCUGAAACAUGAAAUCAGCAUAGGGGAUCACAUGGAUUCUACCAAGUCUGAAGACAAAACGGUGAAACCGCAAGAUACAGUUGAGAACAAAAACACCGAUGGUCAUAAGACCGGGAACAGUGCUCGCAAACCUGGGAAUAAUGGGGUGCUAAAGUCAGUUGCUGGAGGAAUCACGCUCGUCGGGGUGGUGUUCUUCAUAGCUCAUCUAAGGAGAACCAAGGGGGCAAGCUUUACAGCAAUUUUACCUUCACUUUCUAAAAAGUCAGUUCAGAGCGACUCGAGGGCAAAGAACGUAGACAACGGGAAGACAACCGAAGUGUACCCUGGCGGAUGGCUGAAGGUCUAAGCGGGAUGGGCAUGCUGAAUUGUUGAUUGAUAAUUGGUCGCAGUUUGGAAGCUUAUCGUGUAAAUACAUAGACCAAGUGACGUAAAAUUAAAGGUGAUAUACAGAGACCAAGUGACCAGCGUUUUGUUUAUAGUCGUAGCAGUUUUAAGCUUAGCCGCCUAGUUCGGUUAUGUAUGCUGCGUCAGGUGACAUAAAGUUAAAGGUGAUAUAUAUACCAUUGCUCUUCCCGUGUAAAGAAUUGUAUAGAUUAUUAAUCCAAUUUUUGUUUGAAA